CCUCCUGUUCUGCUUUAUAAGAGCUCGUCUCGUCUCAAGUGCAUCUCACUCCAGUCUCACAGAGCUCUCCCGAAGGUCUCUGACUCACAGCAGUGAUAGAUAUCAUCAUGGCACCAUCUGGAACCAAGAGGGGUAUUCUGGAGCGUCUGAGUGUAGGUGAGGUGGUGAUCGGUGACGGUGGUUUUGUCUUUGCUCUGGAGAAGAGAGGUUAUGUGAAAGCUGGACCGUGGACACCAGAAGCUGCUGCUGAACACCCAGAGGCUGUGCGACAGCUGCACAGGGAAUUCUUGCGAGCCGGGUCAAAUGUCAUGCAGACUUUUACUUUCUAUGCCAGCGAUGACAAACUAGAGAACAGAGGCAACAAACUCUCUUUCACCGGCCAGCAGAUCAAUGAAGCCGCCUGUGAUCUGGCCAGAGAAGUAGCCAAUGAGGGCGAUGCGCUGGUGGCGGGUGGAGUCUCGCAGACACCUUCAUACCUGAGCUGCAAGAGUGAAGGUGAAGUGAAGAACAUCUUGAGAAAACAGCUGGAUGUCUUCAUCAAGAAGAAUGUGGAUUUCCUCAUCGCUGAGUACUUUGAGCACGUGGAGGAGGCUGAAUGGGCCGUGCAGGUUCUGAAGGGAACGGGAAAGCCUGUAGCGGCUUCUCUGUGUAUUGGACCUGAAGGAGACAUGCAUGGAGUGACACCUGGAGACUGUGCAGUCAGACUCAUCAAAGCUGGUGCUGAUAUUGUCGGAGUGAACUGUCACUUUGAUCCCAUGACCUGUGUGAAGACUGUGGCCAUGAUGAAGGCCGCUGUGGAGAAAGCCGGACUGAAAGCUCAUUAUAUGGUCCAACCGCUGGCCUAUCACACACCCGACUGCAGCUGCCAGGGAUUCAUCGACCUGCCCGAGUUCCCCUUCGGUCUUGAACCCAGAAUCCUGACGCGCUGGGACAUGCAGCAGUACGCCCGCGAGGCCUAUAAGGUGGGCAUUCGCUUCAUUGGCGGCUGCUGUGGCUUUGAACCGUAUCACAUCCGCGCCGUGGCCGAGGAACUAGCUCCUGAGAGAGGAUUGCUGCCCGAAGCCUCUCAGAAACAUGGACUGUGGGGCAGCGGACUGGAGAUGCACACCAAACCCUGGGUCAGAGCCAGAGCCCGUCGUGACUACUGGGAGAAACUCAAACCAGCAUCAGGACGUCCACUCUGCCCAUCCAUGUCCGCUCCUGACGGCUGGGGUGUCACCAAGGGUCACGCCGAACUCAUGCAGCAGAAAGAGGCCACCACCCAGGAGCAGCUGCGCCCGCUCUUUGAGAAAGCCGACACCAAAUACUGAGAGGGUCAGAGGUCGGCCUGUCACCCGAGCAUUCCACAUGUUCACGUCACUCCAGUUUUCCACUCAAGUCUUUCUCGUGCUCAAUAAAAUGUGAUCUUAAUCUCAAUGUCACUUGUGUUGUCUUUUAAUGGAUAUACCUAACAGCCUGAGAUUUUAAUAAGCGAGCAUGGGAUGUUUGCGUGACUCAAUCGUGAC